UAUUUUGGAAAGCUCUCUCAUUUUACGUUUACUGGAAAAUUAUUGAAGUAGCAGUCAGCCAGUGACCAAUAGAGGGAAGGCAGGGAGCCUUGUCUGAGGUCUGUUGAAUUCAAUUUUCACUUGAAAUCUUUCUCACCCACAACAAAAAAUGAAUCUAUGGGUCCAAAAUUUGAACACUUGAUCAUCAAAUUUCUAACAACUUCAACGCUUUUCAAGGCAGAGCUAGAAAAGCCAUGAAGUGCCGAUCCGUGGCGUGUAUUUGGUCAAGCACGCCUCCGGUCCACCGCGUCACAGCCACCGCCGCCCUCGAUCACCCUCCGACUCUCUACACCGGCGGAUCCGAUGGCUCUAUCCUCUGGUGGAACCUCUCCAACACAGAUUCCCAUUCGGAAAUUAAACCGAUUGCUAUGUUGUGUGGUCAUGCUGCACCAAUAGCUGAUCUCGCCAUUUGUUGUCCCAUUGUAGCAUCUGGAGAAAAAAAUACAGUUAAUUCAAGUAAUGUUGCUUUGAAUUCUAGCUUUGAUCAUGGUGGUGCAUUACUGAGUGCUUGCACUGACAGUAUGUUGUGCGUCUGGAGCAGAAGUAGUGGCCACUGCAGGCGUAGAAGAAAACUGCCACCUUGGGUUGGCAGUCCAUUGAUUAUUCGUACACUGCCUUGGAAUCCAAGAUAUGCUUGUUUAGGCUGUUGCUUUAUUGAUGCUGCCCAUUUAUCUGACCAUCAUUUGGAGUGUGCUGAAGGGGGUGAGAUUUCAAUGGAUAAAGAAUCUCAGAGCAGGAAGCCUCCCAAGUGUACUGUUGUUAUUGUUGAUACGUAUACUCUUACCAUUGUACAAACUGUUUUUCAUGGGAAUUUGUCCAUUGGGCCUUUGAAGUUUAUGGACAUUUUUUCUUCAGUUGAUGGAGAAAAGCAUUUUUCACUCUUGGCUGACUCCUUUGGUAAGCUACAAUUGGUUCCCUUGCCAAAGGACUUUUAUCAAGAUGGUGGUGAGGGCGAGACUAGGUUACAGAGAUCUUCUAAGGAGGAAAUAAUGACAUUGGAAGAUGGCCUUGUUGAGGCUGGACAAGUUGUAUCAAUUGCAACGUGUAGGACCCUUGUUGCUACUGUGAUAAAAGAUCGGUCUAUAUUUAGGCUAUUGGGAAGUGGCACUAUUAUAGGAGUGAUUCUUUUUAUGAACAAUGUCCUUUGCAUUGAAGACAAGUAUGGUCGGGCACAUGUUGUAGGGGCUAUGUUUCUCGAAAGUAAAAAUUCUGGGAAUGCACAAAGUACUGGUGAAACCCAUGAAUCUGAAAUUUUUUUAGUGUGGAAUAAUAGAGGAUCUGCACUUUUGUAUGAAAUAUCAUAUCUAGAUAACAAAUUUAAUUCUGAACCUCUGUGCGAAAUCUCUGCUGCUUCUGUUCCCCUAGCUGCAAGGUUGUCAUUUUCUUUUGUCCAGUUGAGCCAAAUACUUCUUCGCAUUGAGUCAGUUUGCUUCAUUGUUGAAGACCAAUUUCAGUGGAAACCACGUGUUACAAUCUGGUCUCUUAAACGGAAUCAUGAUCAUGCUAAACACUUUGAUGAAUGUAAAAUGCUUGGAGAAGGCAUUUCUUUUCUUGGCUGGACUUCAGCUGCUAGUUUGGAUCAUAAAAACGAGUCUUUGGGUGGAUGCAAUACCAAAUUAACUUCUAUUCAGAGCUCUGUUUCCAGCUCAGAAACUACAAAUAGCAUACAUGUCGAUGAUAGUUCUUAUUUUGUCCCUAAGGAACAAAUUGUAUCUUCUUCCAUGGUUAUUUCUGAAAAUCUUUAUGCUCCUUCUGCGAUUGUAUAUGGCUUCUUUAGUGGUGAAAUCCAAGUUGUGUGGUUUAAUUUGUUUCGGGGGCUUGAUUCUCCAGUUGGAAGUCCACAUCUUGCAGUAGACUCUCAUAUAUCCAAACAAAUCUUUGCAGGUCACACGGGUGCUAUACUAUGUCUGGCAGCACAUCGGAUGGCGGGUGCUGCUAAAGGAUGGAGUUUUAGUCAAGUUUUAGUUUCUGGAAGCAAGGAUUGCACUAUUCGUAUAUGGGAUCUUGAUUCUGGUAAUCUCAUUACUGUCAUGCACCACCAUGUAGGUCCUGUGCACCAAAUCAUUCUACCCUCUGCUCGAACUGAACGCCCUUGGAGUGAUUGCUUUCUUUCCAUUGGAGAGGACGCUUGUGUCGCUCUUACUUCACUUGAAACUUUGAGAGUGGAGAGAAUGUUUCCUGGACAUCCUGACUAUCCUGCAAAAGUUGUUUGGGAUGGUGCAAGAGGUUAUAUUGCAUGUCUCUGUCGGGACCAUACCAGAAUUUCUGAUGCCAUUGAUGUUCUAUACAUAUGGGAUGUGAAGACCGGGUGUAGAGAAAGGGUCCUUCGUGGGACUGCUUCUCAUUCGAUGUUUGAUCAUUUCUGCAAAGAAAUUAGUGCAACUUCCAUUUCUGGUUCAUCACUGACUGGAAAUACAUCAGUUUCAUCAUUACUUCUUCCAAUACAUGAAGAUGGGAGCUUUACUCAUUACAAGUUAAAUAAUUCAGAAAAUGGAGCUACUUUGUCAAAAAUGACUGGGUCUAGCACUUUGCUAGCAAAUAAUAAUAAAGUGAAUUCUGGAAAGGGACCAUAUGUUUCUCGAACCAGAAAACAACCCAUUAAAUGCUUUUGCCCAUAUCCUGGAAUUGCUACCCUGAGCUUUGAUCUUGCAGCAUUGAUUGAUCCUUUUCAGAAGAACGAGCCUAUAACCAAGAAUGGUGAUGGUCAAGAGAAUAGCUAUAUGAAAGAACAGUGGAGUGAGACAUUUAGUCCCCAUCAUAUGACUUCAGAUGGUGGCUUUAACACUGAUCAGAGUUCAACAGAUGGUGUAGUAGGGCAUGACUGGAUCAAAACGCUUGAAGAAUAUCUUGUUCGAUUUAGCUUGUCCUUUUUGCAUUUAUGGGAUGUGGAUUGCGGUCUUGAUGAUUUAUUAGUAGCUGACAUGAAGAUGAAAAGGCCUAAUGGUUUUUUGGUAUCUUCUGGUUUGCAAGGCGAUAAAGGGUCUUUGACACUGUCAUUUCCUGGUUUUACGGAAAGUCUUGAGCUUUGGAAAUCAUCAUCGGAGUUUUGUGCAAUGAGGUCACUGACAAUGGUUUCACUUGCCCAACACAUGAUUAGCUUGUCCCACUCAAGCUCAGCCACUAGCAGUGCCUUGGCCGCGUUCUAUACUAGGAGUUUUGCAGACAAAUUUCCAGAAAUAAAGCCACCUUUACUCCAGCUAUUGGUGAGUUUUUGGCAAGAUGAAAGUGAACAUGUACGUAUGGCAGCACGGUCUUUAUUUCAUUGUGCAGCAUCAAGAGCUAUUCCAGCCCCUCUGUGUAGUCAACAAGCAACUAAGUAUGCAAAACUUGUUAGAUCUCUGAAUGGAAUUGAAGAAAGUGAACAUGAAAUUUCAAAAAAUGAAGAAAUGAUUGUGGUUGGACGGAGUUCUGAAUGUUUGUUGGAAACUGAAGGGACUUCCCAGGUUGAGAAAGCUAAACUGCUUGCAUGGCUAGAAUCUUAUGAAAUGCAGGACUGGAUUUCUUGUGUUGGGGGAACAAGUCAAGAUGCCAUGACGUCUCACAUUAUUGUUGCUGCAGCACUGGUGAUAUGGUACCCUAGCCUAGUGAAGCCAAGUCUUGCCACAUUGGUGGUUCAACCGCUGGUGAAGUUGGUUAUGGCAAUGAAUGAAAAAUAUAGUUCCACUGCUGCAGAACUGCUUGCUGAGGGAAUGGAGAGUACAUGGAAGGCAUGCAUUGGCACUGAGAUACCUCGUUUGAUUAGUGACAUAUUCUUUCAAAUUGAGUGUGUAAGUAGUCCGUCAGCCAACUCAGCUGGUGAAAACCCAGCUGUACCAGCAUCUAUCCGUGAGACAUUAGUUGUGACCCUUCUUCCAAGUCUAUCAAUGGCUGAUAUUCUUGGGUUUUUAACUGUGAUAGAGAGCCAAAUUUGGUCAACUGCAUCCGACUCGCCUGUCCACCUAGUGUCUCUUGCAACUCUCAUCAGGGUUGUGCGUGGUUCUCCAAGAAGUUUGGUUCAGUACCUUGAUAAGGUGGUUAACUUCAUCCUACAAACCAUGGACCCUGGCAACUCUGUCAUGCGCAAAACUUGCCAUCAACGUGCAAUGACAACGUUAAGGGAGGUUAUACGUGUGUUUCCAAUGGUAACCAUGAAUGAAAGCUCAACCAAAUUGGCUUUUGGUGAUGCUAUUGGGGAGAUUAACAGUGCCAGCAUUCGGGUGUAUGACAUGCAAAGUGUUACAAAAAUAAAAGUAUUGGAUGCGAGUGGACCUCCAGGACUUCCGAGUUUUCUUUUAGGAGCACCUGAAAUGUCGGUGACUACUGUAAUAUCAGCUCUAAGCUUUUCCUCAGAUGGAGAGGGUUUGGUAGCUUUCUCUGAACACGGGCUGAUGAUCAGGUGGUGGUCCUUGGGAACCGUGUGGUGGGAGAAACUGAGCCGGAACCUUGUUCCUGUCCAAUGCACCAAAGUGAUUUUUGUUACUCCAGGGGAUGGAUUCUCACCGAAAACAUCAAGAACAAGCAUAAUGGGAAGCGUAUUGGGACAUAGUACCGAGGCCAAUUCACCGGAGGGUGCUGCUAAGAGUUAUUCUGAUAGAUUAAAGCUCUUGAUUCAUGGCCUUGACCUUUCUUACCGUCUCCAAUGGGUUGGCAAACGUAAAGUAGUGCUUACGAGGCAUGGCGUUGAGAUAGGUAAUUUCUCGUUAUAACAAUGCCGGCAACUGCACGGUAUAGUCACCUUCAAACACGAAUCCGGACUUCGAACGCUCUAAUGGAUGCAUUUGUGUGUAGCAGAAUCGAUGUUGACGAGGUCCUUGCAUAGUUUUCUUGGGGUUGCACCUGUUAGUACAAUCAAUUUUGGUUAGAAAAUGGUGUAUGUAUUAUCCAUAACAUAGACCACUGAGUUACGGGGAACUUAUUAGUCUGAUGGUGACAAGAAUUUUACUAUUGUGAUUAGACG